AGCAGGGUGUUGACCUGUCCAUUCUCAAGUCCAACACGUUUGUUCUCGAUCCUCAUCACCUUGGAUUGUAUCUCCUGGAGGUCAUCAGCAGAUGUUUGACGGACCCAACGAUCAGGCACUCGAGGAAGCUCACCACGAACAUAAAUAUCUCGCUCUGAAAUAACUGUUAUCUUUUCUGUCGAUUUGAUUGGUGUAUGUUGACAGUCUCAUUCUUACGAACUGGUCUCCUUGAACAACCUGGAUCAAAUCCUCCUCAAACAGCCUGGAACGAAUCCUCCUUAAAUAACCCGGAACGAAUCCAAAAGAAUUGAACAAGAAGGAUCUCGAGAAGCAUCCUCUUGGAGACCAGAGAUUCGGGGAGGACGCCGAACCGAAGAGGUCGAUUAUCAAGUUGAUUUUUUGAUCCAAGGAUUUUUCAAAUCAAAAAACCCGGACAAGUCCUAAAGUCCACCUUCCGAAAGAACCCUGGCCCUAUCGUCGAUACAUCAACAUCUUCCUUUCAAAAUACGAAUUUUCUGUUGGCCGGACCCAUUGCUUACCCUAACCGUCUGUUGUCGAGCUCACAGCCUGUCUACCAUCGUUCAACAUCGCCCCACCUGCGUUUCUCGGUCUGAGGCGUUGAUCGAUUGGUAACAUUCCAUUCACUCAAAUACGUAUAUACUUCAUACUCCCUCUGCCCACCCUUAGAACACAGACCGUUUCUUUCUCUCCCUUCCUAUCGCAUCGUUCAACUCCACUCUACAGGGAACUAUCCUGAAUCUUAGUCUCCUCAAACUUGCAUCUCUCUUCGUCCCCACAGUGGUAUCAGACACAACUCAUCCUCCUUGUAUUUGGAUGCAGGGUGACCAGAUUCAUCGAAUCGCUCCACUUCAAUCUUAGAGCCUACUCUAAUGACUCUUGUCUCAAGGACCAAUUACCCAUCGAGUCAUCGUGAGCGGUCUUUAUCCGCAGAACCAACCGAACCACAAGCUGGUCGAGACCACUCCCCAGUUGAACCUGAUCGUAGUGGCUCAGUAUCCCCAUCGAGGCAGAAGACUUACAACUAUGCACGCAAUGGGAACUCCCAUCACGUAUCUGGACAGAACCAUGUCGAUCGUAACAGAUACAGGCGCCGAGAUCGCUCACAGGACCGGGAGGUGAAUAGAAAGUACGAUGGGAACCGUUCAAGGGUUCAGGCUCGUGAUCAGGAUCAUGCUCGUGAUGAUGACUUGGAUGAGCGUCCUCCUUACGAAGGUAAUGGCAGAACCGGGCAUGAUAAUGACCGGGGCAGGUAUCGAGCCAGAGUGCAGCAACAAGACCGCAAUCUCACUAAUCAUUAUCAGCGCUAUCGGCCCCGAUCCAACCAUAACGACAACGAGACUGGAUUCAGUCGAGAUGGUAACGAGCGCCGUGAUUACCGACCAGGAGAUCAAUCAGCUCGUCGGUACUCUGAUCGACACCAGCACUUCUCUUACGACAGGUGGACGAGCAACAGACAGAGUGAUUAUUCGACUCGCUCGCGCCAUCAAGGCCAACAUUAUCAAUCUUCAUCUUCCCACAGGCGGCCUUACAGUCCUCGUGCCGCACCCUCACCUAGUAAAUCGCCUAUGAGGAGGCCCUUUGAUCCACGCAGAUCCUCAAUGCUUGACAGAAAUGACGAUAGGAUUUCUAAACGUCGCAAGUUGGACUAUCGCUCCCAUAGUCGUUCGCGGAAUCGUGAAACAGGUCUUACGCGAUCGACUACGCCAUCAAGAUCACGCUCUCGAACCCCGAGUCGUGGUCACUCUCGAUCACGCUCACGCUCACGAGCUAGAUCUUGCUCAGACUCCCGAGCCAAGUCUCGAUCAUCCUCGCAUUCGAAUUCAACCGACCUUCAUUAUCAUCCGGUCCGUUCACCUUCACCUGUCCCCCCUCAGCUCCCUCGUCCACCUAAAUGCAAGCUGCGGCCCACCCCUGUUGCUCGAGAGUGUGAGGUCCUGGCAUACGACUCCUUGCAUUCGAAAUCACCUUCUCAGUCUCCUCGUCCUCCUCGGCGGCCUCGAUCCUUCAGAUCAAGAACCCCACCGUCUGAGUUUUCAGGCUCUUCCCUAGAUGGACGACCAUGUGAUGUUACGGAGCGUUCACGCUCCCCAAGACGUUCCCGGAGUCGCUCGAGAUCUGACAACCGCAGACCUAGGCACAGGUCGAUAAGUCGAAGUGUGGUUAGCGGUUAUUCGCGAACACCAUUUGAGAGGCGCUCCAUCUCACGCUCACGAAGUCCGCGCACGUCCUCCGAUCGCAGAUUUUCCUCGUCUUCCAGACGCCCACAUCGCUCUCUCAGCCGUACAUGUAGCUCUCGUGGACGUUCUUCGAGCCCUCGAUCUCCGAAGAGAUCACGUACUUACCGUCGGCGAAGAUCAAUUGAAACCGAUAUAGGCCCUCCACCCAUACCUCCCCGGCCUCCCAUCGGGCCCAGAUUUGCAGUUUUAGAUACGGUCAGACAGCGUCGAGAUGGUGAUCGAUGGUAUGCGCGUGAAUCAAAUCGGCAGAGAGAUCCUUCACCUCCUCCACUACCACCUUCACCGCCCACUCAACGCCCUGGGUUUGUUAAUCAGACUGAUUUGGAUGGUGUUCCCAAAGCUUCUCAAGAAGAAGUGGAAUCUGUGGAUCCCAACAACGUUCCCAAUAAAGCGCCUCUCCCCAUAUCACCACCCCCUGCUAUCCCGCAGCCUCCGCGGUCACCGAAACGGUUACGCCCGAAUGUCCAUGCCGUUCGAAAGGCUCCUGGAAUGCCACCUACGGCACCCGUCGCGCAAACCAGUGCUGGUGUUCGUCGGUUUUUCCCAGGUGACGAUGAUGAUGAGGACGACAAUGUGAUGGUUCCCAUCGAACCCAUGAAGCUGCAUCCUACCCUUGACCUUUCUGAGGUGGAAGAAGCUGAAAUCGAUCCCAAGCCACCCUCUCCUUCGCCUCCUCCCCUCCCCCCGGCCCCACCUUCGCCUCCGCGUUUCAUUCAAAAGAGUCCGUCCUAUCACUACUUGCGACAGCGCAACUACAGAAGGCUGUCUUGUACUCCACCACUACCACCUCCACCACCCCCUGCCGCUCCCCCACCCACACCACCGCCGUUAAUUCCAGUCGAGACUACCCACACGACCUCAACUUCUUUCAUUGCUCAAGACUUUACACGCAAUCGACGUGGAACAUCAAGGUCAAGGCAUUCACCUCGCAGAAAUCCCUAUCGUGAAGAAGACUCUGCCGAAUACUUUCAUAAUCAUUCGCGAAGAUCAUCCCAUCGUUUCUCGAACCGACGGGAUGUACCUCAUGCGCCACCUGAUGUCACUACCCCACCCCUACCCUCGACCACAGCAAAAGAUCACCGGGGAACAGCGCACAAAGCUCUCCCGACUAACCGCACUAUGCAUAGUGGCCAUUACAAUGCCACCCACCCGCCCACGUUAGAGUCACAUAUGAUUCCGCCCAGUGAUGUGACGCACUAUGCCAACAAUCCGCCACCCAGGUUAUUGGUCCGGGAACCAAGUUUUCAGAACUACAGCGUACCCCCUAGCGCAUCCCAAACCGUGGAGCAGCCUCUGGCAACUCACCAAAAACAACUUCAAGGGAUUCGGCCUACCCAGGGGGCUUCAUCCAAACCACAAGUGGUUGGACCCCCGCCAAUUACGAAUGAUCUUUGUGAGAGCAAAGAGAUAUAUGAACGGCUUGUACAGGUUGGAGAAGGAACGUAUGGGAAAGUCUACAAGGCUCGCAACAUCGAGACGAGUGAACUGGUGGCGAUGAAGCGGAUCAGGAUGGAAUCGGAAAAGGAUGGGUUUCCGAUCACCGCAAUCAGGGAAAUCAAAAUACUCCAAGAUCUGCGCCAUCCGAACAUCGUCAAUCUGGUUGAGAUGGUCGUCAGUCAAAGUCAUGUGUACAUCGUGUUUGAAUACAUGGAUCAUGAUCUGAGUGGGGUUUUACAUCAUCCCCAUAUCCAUUUCUCAGAGGCUCACACGAAGAGCUUGAUGUGGCAAUUACUCUGCGGUCUCCAGUACAUGCACGAACGUUGUGUCCUCCAUCGAGAUCUCAAGGGCUCCAAUAUCCUCUUGAAUAGAUAUGGACAGCUCAAGAUCGCCGACUUUGGCCUCGCCAGACGCUUCGAACGUGGGAAAGAAGCCGGUUGUGAGGGUAGGGGAAGGGGAAGAGAUUACACUAAUAGGGUGAUCACACUGUGGUAUAAACCCCCCGAGUUACUCUUGGGAGCAACGGUGUAUGGUGAGGAAGUAGAUAUGUGGAGUGCAGGGGUGAUAUUCCUAGAACUCUUCACACGACGACCGAUCUUUCAAACGGGUGAUGAGAUUGACCAGCUGUAUGCGACGUUCAAAUUGAUGGGCACGCCGACGAUGACGAACUGGCCGGAGGCGUUCGACCUGCCCUGGUUUGAGCUUCUCAAGCCCAAGGUUGAGCAGCCCUCGAGGCUCAGAGAGACCUUCUUCGGGCCCGAGAAGAACGUCAGGUCGGAGGCUGGCAUGGCCUUGGCCGAACGCCUCUUGACGCUCAGACCCCACGAUCGUCCGAGCGCUCGUGAGGCUCUCAAGUCGGCUUACUUUACGACCGAAAAUCCUCCGAUGGAAUUACCUACUGAGAUAUUGUCAAAUGUCAGAGGUGAAUGGCACGAAUUAGAAAGUAAACGGGCGCGAAGAAGAAGAGACAUUUGAAAGCAAAUCAUUCCUACAGAAUAUAAUCUACAUCUUCUUAUUUAUUUUGUCCUUUUAUCAUCUCGUCUCAUUUCUAAUUAUCAUAUUCUCAUUAAUAACUGAUCACUGAAACAACAAACACCGAUUUUCUUUUUUUUUUUUUGCUUAAUUAAAAAAAAUUACACUUUCUCUCGUUUAUCUAUCUCUCUCUCUCUCAGAUCUUGAGUGUACUUCUUCUUUUUUUGGUUGGAGUUUUGCUUUUUUUAAUUAAAAAAAAAAAGAAGUUGUUGGUGGUGGUGUUGUUUUUUUGAAUGUUGUUGAUGAUGAUGAUGUUAAACAGAUACCACCGUUUAGAUAAAUCACUUGAGAACGCAAUAGAUAAACGUGACCCAAAUA